UUAUUUUUUUAAUUUUUUUCAGUUAAGUUAUAGUUUAAAUUGCCUUUUAUUCAGUUGCUACAAAUUUUUCACAUUAUCGAAAAUGAACGACGAAGAUUAUGAUGCUGGUGCUCAACUUGCUGCUCAGGCAACAGAGAAAAUUGCGGAUCUAGGUCUUGAUGUAAACAAACAGCAAAAGCCUAGCAAUUCGGCAGCGUAUUCUGAGGAUAAAUUGAAGAACGCGUCAAAAGGAAAGUCAAAGACUUCAUCAUUUGGAAAUAGUGAACUGUCUGAGAAGGAGAAGCGAGAGGCUCAAUUGCGUGCGGAUGCGGCUGCCGGGAUGGAUUUAUUUGGCGUAGCUGCUGACCACAAGGAGCAAUCAUUUAAGGAUUUAGAAACCAGAGCAGAUUUUCUUGCGUAUGCUGAAAAAUUGAGUGAACAAAUUACUGAGAGACAUGAACAUACUCAUUAUUUAACUUUUGUUAAUUCUCUUGUUGAAAAAAUGAUUGGAUCAAUGACUAAGCUUCAACUUGAAAUUAUUAGGAGCACUGUUCAGAAAAAUAUUGACGCUCAUGUGAAACGCGAGGAAGAACUGCAAAAGAAGAAAUUGGAGCAGCAAAAGCAGAAAACUGUUAAAAAGGCGAUAAAUAAGCAAGUGCGUGAAGAUCUUUUGGAGGAUGAAUAUGAUGAUUAUGAUGAGAAAUACAAUUGA